GGCGAACUUCACCUCAAUCAAUCUGAUUUGUAAUGCCGUUCGGUUCGGUUCGCUAGCCAGUGCGUCAGGCCAGUGUGUGCUUUUCCACCGUUUUCCACCGUUCGAGCUGUGUCUGAGCCGUGUGCUGCGUACGUGUGCCGGCUCGCGAAGCGAAGAGAACGUCGCUCGUCGUCGUAUCGUUAGCAAGGCCUACCGAGUCGCGUUAGUGUUUUGAUGCGUGUUAGUAUCCAGUUAGUGUCCUGUCAGGUUCGUUCUCGUCUUCCCGAGCGGUUGUACAACCCGGAGCACAACACCUGCUGCUGCUGCUGCUAGCGAGUGCCCAGCCAUCGCGAAGAACCAGUGUACGUGCCUGUGUCCGUGUGUGUGUGUGUGUGUGCUAGUGCGCCACCCUGCAAAGGGUGUGCAGUAGUGAAGGGGGGAGAAGGAAAGGAAGGGUCGUGUAAUAGCGGGUGUCCCAAGUAGUGGUGCGUGCCGUUUUGCUUCGCCAUCCUUUUUGGGGAGAGCGAGAAAGAGAGCGAGAGUGAGCCUGUGUGAAGAGUGCAGCUAGUCAGGAAACAAGCGCCAGGGAUACGGGUGCGUUACGGUGCAAGCGUUACGCGCGCUAAGCGUUACUCACGUCCAUUACUGUUGCUCUAGCUGUGUGUCUGUGGUGCGUGUGUGCGCGGGUUAGUGAGUGAGAUUUCGGCAAACCGGACCGCGACCAACGAACUCCUGCUCGAAGAUGGCGGACGACGAUAACACGCUGGAGGAGAUCCCGGAGGCGGAGAACAAGAAUGCGCUCCGCAACCGUGGACGCAAGGGUGCGCUCAAGAAGAAGAACGUUUAUAAUGUCAAGGAUCAUCGGUUCAUACCGCGCUUCUUCAAGCAGCCAACGUUCUGUUCCCACUGCAAGGACUUCAUUUGGGGCUUUGGCAAGCAAGGAUUCCAAUGUCAAGUUUGUUCCUUUGUCGUUCACAAACGAUGUCACGAGUACGUUACCUUCAAGUGUCCGGGUGCGGAUAAGGGAGCAGAUUCCGAUGACACCCGUACCAAGCAUGAGUUUAAAGUGUGGACCUAUUCGAGUCCAACGUUUUGCGAUCACUGUGGUUCGCUGUUGUACGGUUUGAUCCACCAGGGGCUUAAGUGUACAGCAUGUGAUAUGAACGUACACAAACGGUGCGAGGAAAGCGUACCGAACCUCUGCGGAUGUGAUCAUACUGAACGGCGAGGGCGUAUCCAGCUGACGAUUACGCACUCGGUCGGCAAGCUCAACAUUGAAGUGAAACAGGGUCGCAAUCUUAUUCCGAUGGAUCCGAACGGUUCCAGCGAUCCGUACGUCAAGAUCAAACUGAUCCCGGAUGCGGACAAUGUGAAGAAGAAAACCAAAACCAUUCGCGCCUCGCUCAACCCGGUGUGGAACGAAACGCUUAUAUUUGAUCUCAAGGCGGAGGAUAAGGAUCGUCGGUUGCUGAUCGAGGUGUGGGAUUGGGAUCGUACCUCGCGGAACGAUUUCAUGGGAUCGCUCUCGUUCGGCAUCUCGGAAAUCCUCAAGAAUCCGGUCGAUGGAUGGUUCAAGCUGCUCACGCAGGAGGAAGGCGAGUACUACAACGUACCGGUACCGGAGGAGGGCGCGGAUCUCGUGCAGCUUAAGAGCCAAAUGAGGAAAACAUCCAUCACGAAGAAGAUCCCGAUGAUGGGCGAUAAGGAUGUGCCGCAUAACAUGACGAAGAAGGACGUCAUUCGGGCGACCGACUUCAACUUCCUGAUGGUACUCGGCAAGGGUUCGUUCGGUAAGGUAAUGCUGGCCGAGCGCAAAGGCACGGAUGAGCUGUACGCGAUCAAGAUCCUGAAGAAGGACAUCAUCAUCCAGGACGAUGAUGUCGAGUGUACGAUGGUGGAGAAGCGUGUUCUGGCACUGUCGAGUAAGCCACCAUUUUUGGUGCAACUGCAUUCCUGUUUCCAAACCAUGGAUCGUUUGUACUUCGUCAUGGAAUACGUCAACGGUGGUGAUCUCAUGUUCCAAAUUCAGCAGUGUGGCAAAUUUAAGGAACCAGUCGCUGUGUUCUACGCGUCGGAGAUUGCCAUCGGACUGUUUUAUUUGCACGCACGCGGCAUCGUGUAUCGCGAUCUGAAGCUGGAUAACGUGCUGCUGGACAUGGACGGGCACAUAAAGAUUGCGGAUUUCGGUAUGUGCAAGGAGGGCAUCCUGGGCGAUAAGACGACCAAAACGUUCUGCGGCACACCGGACUAUAUUGCGCCGGAGAUUAUUUUGUACCAACCGUACGGCAAGUCGGUCGAUUGGUGGGCCUAUGGUGUGCUGCUGUACGAGAUGCUUGUCGGCCAGCCACCGUUCGACGGUGAGGAUGAGGAGGAACUGUUUGCGGCCAUCACGGACCAUAACGUUUCGUACCCGAAGAGCUUGAGCAAGGAGGCCAAAGAUGUUUGCAAGGGGCUACUUACCAAGAACCCACAGAAACGCUUGGGUUGCGGAGCACGCGGCGAAGAAGAUGUCCGUGCGCACGCUUUCUUCCGUCGUAUCGAUUGGGAAAAGAUUGAAAACCGUGAGGUGCAACCACCAUUCAAGCCAAAGAUUAAACAUCGCAAGGAUGUGUCCAACUUCGAUCGACAGUUUACAUCCGAGAAGACCGAUCUUACCCCGACCGAUAAGCUCUUCAUGAUGAACCUGGAUCAGACGGAGUUCAACGGCUUCUCGUAUCUCAACCCCGAGUUUGUGCAGUACGUCUAAGCGCGAGAACGUUCCACCAAAACUGCUUCAGUUCGUCAGCUUCGGAUUGGGUCUCUUGGUUCGGCACUGGCGGAUGCUCAAUGCUUGUGCGCUUUGUUGCGGUUGAGUAGGAUAAUUUUAUUAUGUUGUUUUUAAAUGUUUUAAUUAUUUUAGUCCUUGCCACCCGCCGCCCAAUUAGCUGUUGUUAUUUCGCGCGUGCACUCAUCCAAAGAGAUUCUUAUGUCCUAAGUAGCCAUCGUGUUAUAUCGCCAGUCCAGUCAGCAUGGGUCAGCGGGUGGAGUCAUGUGUUAUGUUUAUGCCAGUAUUUGCAUCCUUAUUCAUCGUUCCCUUUCUUACGAAUCAGACAGCAAUGGAGAGGAAUUAUUUUACGCUCUCUCAUUCUCCCUCCCAAAUCUCUAUCGUCUUCCCAUUUUCGCGCGUUUCGAUAGUUUGUUUGUUAAUUUGUUAGUAAGCGUUAAAUAAGCGCCGCAAGCGAGGCUUGCCGGCGCGACUUAAGCGAGUGUUAGCGGGCAGAUUUAUAUUGCGUCGAUUUGUUUGCUUUGUUGCAAAAAACUUUCCUUACCCAAAUAAGCAAUUCGUUCUACAAGAAAGAAAAAAACCGAAAAGUGAAACUCGUACUUCUACUGAUCGUUUUUAAGAACUCAAAUCGAUACUCUCGUAUAUUCUCCUGUACAUGUUUAGCUAGUAAAACAAGGAAGGGCACCGAGGAUUUGUCGUGUACGCGUCACGAUCCUGCUGUACCGGCCUUAGGUGAGGGAAUGUAAUUGCCAAAAAAGAAACAAACACACUCACACUUUUAUCUACUAAUACCACUUUUACACUCAUUGCCGUGGCCCAACCGACCAUCGGUCAGCGGAGGUUUGAUUCCAGAACUCGGCACAAUCGAGCAACCGAUCGUGUAUGUGUGUGUGUGUUUAAAAAAUCGAACCUACUCUGUCCGAUAGCGGUUGGUGCACACUUUAAAAACCAUCUGCACCUUGUUAAAAUCUACACACUUUUAUACUAUAUAAGCAAAUACAAAUAUAUGGCGUACGUGCGCAACGGGCUCAUACAAAAGCGAAAAAGCGAAGGAACAAAUCCUCACAGGAUGUUCGGUCUAGAUCAAGAGAAAAGGCCACUUUAAUUCGAGAUUUCGUUACGCUUUAUUGGUUCCACUUCGAAAAGGGAUAUUUUCCGUACUUGAAUAUUAUUUUGUCUUCUGAAGCAAAAUUAGAUUUAAAAAAAACGAAACUAUUUUCGAAAAAACGGUAGUGAAACCAUAAAACCAAACAGAAUAACAAUUAACUAUCAAAGCAAACAACCAGUAAAAUGCUCCAUUUGGCUGUGUGCACAGAUCACGUUUUAAUUGGCCCUGGUGCGGCCAAUAAGAGUCUAGAAACGCCCUAUAAAUAUAUUUACUCAGCAAAAUUUUUCCCAGCAGGCGACCGUAGACAAAACCAGCAGGCAGAAGACAUCUCUCUCGACUCCAAACAAAUGGGAGGUUUUGGGGUUUGGGAUAAAGAACAAGCAACAACAACAACCAUUACACUAGCACUAGCAGCACCUUUAAAACCGUUCGGUUCGAAGGCAAAACUGGGGGAAGAGUGAAAAGCAGAUGGUAGUGGACACAUUAUACAAUUAACCAUUAAAGAAGAAAAUACAACACGUAAGACAGGAUCAAACCAUGUGUAGGUCUCGUGUGUACUAAGAAAACACCACUUUUUCACUAUAUAGAACGUUAAAUUGAAGCAAAGCUAAAUGCGAAUGUUCCGAAUGCGAGGGGAUAGGAGCACAUACAUUCUCAUUCUACACAGCAUACACAAAGAUAGGUCUGCGAUUCUUGAUGUUUGUAGUGUUAGAAAUUCCGAACGAAGGAAUGGAUGGGUUCUUGGCGUUUGUGUAGUUGGUAGAGCAAAUGCCGCCAAACCCGUGAUCAGCAAAGGUAACCGAGGGUAGAGUGAUGUGUAACUCACGUGCCACAGAACAACACAAUCAAUCAAUCAGAGCGAAAACAAACAAAAAAAAAUGGGAAAGCACCACAACAUAAGAUCCGGGCACGCGUUCGCGAUUAAUCGGUAGAAAUUGUCGAAUACAUACUCGUUUUUGGUAGCAAUAAUAGUAAUAUUACCGUAUAAUAAUCACCGAAGAGACAGAGGAUCGAGAGAAUGUUUCCGUUUUCCGACUCUUUUCGCGUCAGGAUGUGUUCUGCUUCCUGACGAGAGUUUUCUGCAUACUAUACUGACACUCACACCCGCCAUGAGCAUCUGCUCUUGCGAAUCCCCUUUUCUGAACACUUAAACACACACACUCAGAUUCUUCCUCUUUUUCUCUCUAUCACCGUCUCUCUCUCUAUCUCUCGAAACCUGUUUAUGAACAACCAAAAGGA